AUGUUGCUGCACCCGAUGGUGAUGCAUUUAAGCCAAUUGCUUCGGCUUAUAGUUGGUCAAUACUUCGCUGAAUUUUCAUCCAUUCUGAUGGUCUGCAAUAAUUCCGGAUCUACAACUCAGCUUCAACUGGAUUAUUUAAGUGCUUUGGAAUUAGUUCUUCGGGAUUUGCCUCAGCCUAUAAGACUUCAAUGGAUUAAUGUGGCGCUAGUAAAGGACAUUACGGCAUUAGAGGACCAAGUUAUGAGUGCUUUAAAUGACAGUGUGACAGAGGGUUUUAUAACCAUCUUGUCGCAAACAAACCUCUUUCUUCACGCCCGCUAUUAUGCAACUCGAAAUGCAAAUGUGCGACUCAAGGAUAAGCGAUAUUUGUUUCUCUGCGAGGACGAAAGCCCCGCGGAAUUGCUGGGCAUGGAUAUAGUGCAGUUCUACCCCCACCAUCUGAUGGUGAGACCUGGAACCGAAACUGAGGCACAAACAGGACCAAAAACAGGACCCCGAGCAGAACCCAGGAGCAAGGAAGGCGCAUCGGUAAACACGGGGGACAAGGACGAUGGAGGAGGGACAAGAACCACUUCGCCCCACCGCGACAUCAAUUUCGAGCUGUGGACACAAAAGUUUGUCGGUGCCUUUGGUAAUUUGGAUGCUGUGCUCCUGGACGCAUUCUUGCCGAACGAAACUUUUGCCAAGCGGGUCGAACUUUAUCCCAACAAGCUGCUCAAUCUGGAGCGCCGCAGCCUGCUCGUUGGCUCCAUUACUUAUGUCCCUUAUACGAUUACUAAUUAUGUGCCCGCUGGCCAAGGAGACGUCGAUCCCAUUCAUCCAAAUAAGGGCAACCGAUCGGUUGCUUUCGAUGGAGCGGAGGCCAAUGUGAUGAAGACCUUCUGCCAGGUGCACAAUUGCAAUCUCAGAGUGCAGCCUUACGGUGCCGACAACUGGGGCGGAAUUUACGAUAACGAAUCUAGUGAUGGGAUGCUGGGGGAUAUAUACGAGCAGCGCGUUGAGUUGGCCAUUGGAUGCAUCUACAAUUGGUAUAAUGGGAUUACAGAGACUUCGCAUACUAUAGCUCGUUCUUCAGUUACCAUUUUGGGUCCAGCACCGGCACCUUUGCCCAGUUGGCGUACAAACAUUAUGCCCUUUAGUGACCUUACAUGGCUGACGUUGAUCUUAACUGUAGUAAUUUGCGGCACUUUUCUGUACUUUAUGAAGUAUGUCAGUUACCUAAUGGGGUUUCCAUCGGAACAGAAGAGAUUUCAUCAUAGCAGCAAGCUUGAGAAAUCACUAUUAGAUAUAUUUGCUCUUUUUAUUCAGCAGCCAUCUGCUCCUCUGGGUUUCAAUAGAUUUGCGCCGCGCUUUUUCCUGGCCACUCUUUUAUGCGCCACAAUCACUCUGGAAAAUAUUUACAGCGGCCAGCUGAAGUCGAUGCUAACUUUUCCCUUUUUCGGAGCUCCAGUUGAUACAAUCGAGAAAUGGGCACAGGUGGAGUGGAAGUGGGCAGCUCCCUCCAUUAUCUGGGUGCACACGGUGGAGAGUUCCGAUCUGGAAACGGAACAGAUCCUGGCCAGAAACUUCGAGGUGCACGAUUACAACUAUUUGUCAAAUGCCAGCUUUAUGCCCAACUAUGGAUUUGGAAUCGAACGUCUGUCUUCGGGUUCGAUUUCCGUUGGCGAUUACGUGUCCACAGAGGCUCUUGAAAAUCGGAUUGUUUUGCAUGACGAUUUGUACUUUGAUUAUACGCGGGCUGUUUCUAUUCGUGGUUGGAUCCUGAUGCCAGAAUUGAACAAGCACAUUCGAACCUGUCAGGAAAUGGGACUUUAUUACCACUGGGAGUUGGAGUUUAUUGAAAAGUACAUGGACAAGAAGAAACAGGAAGUGCUGAUGGACCUGGCCAAUGGACACAAGGUCAAAGGAGCUCCCCAGGCACUGGAUGUCCACAACAUCGCCGGCGCUCUGUUCGUCCUGGCCUUUGGACUCACCUUUGCUUUCUGUGCCCUCGUGAUGGAGUUUCUGGUCCAUAGAAUGAAAAUAAGCAAAUAA